UACAUAUGCGGAUUGUAAGUUUUCGCUCCAUUUGAUUAUCUCCUCCUCCGUGCCGCAGCCAUUUUAUUUAGCGUUGGACUUCUGUCAAAAGACACCAAAUUUGCACGACAAAAGACAGUGGGGCACGAACAGCUAAAAUAUCCGUCAAAAUUUACAGAGUUUGACAGGGAGCUAUUGAGUACAGAGUUUUUGUCUGUUAACGUCAAAGUAUAUGUGAAAUUGACACGGCAAACGACGGCGGGACAUUUCAAGCUCAGAUAUCCGUCAAAUUUGCAGCUUGACGGAAAUAAUGGAGUCUAUACCUGGCGCCCUGUACGGUCGGGGCGUUGUGAAACUAGAGGUCACGGGUCUGAAUUCCCGCAGUCCUCCUAAACUAUUGUUUUCACACAGAACGGGGCCUGGUUUGGUUUCUUCAUUAAGUUCAACAGAUAAAUUGCAAAUAGUUAGCAGCAGGGUUUGUAGAUUGGUGAAGGCAAGUAAGGAAAGGGAUGAUGUUACUGUGACUCGUAGAACUAGUGCAUAUAUACACAGAAUUUGUCUUAAUAUACCUCCCGGGUCAGUGAAAUUUAGACGAAGAAAGUUUGUGACGAGGUGUGAGUCGGAGGGAAGCGAUUCACUGGCAUAUGCUGAUAGGAUGGAAAAUAAUAAUGCUGGGGAAGGCAAUGAUAAAGGAUCAGAGGGUUUUGGCGAGGGCAAUGGUGAAAAUUACAGUCAGUUCUAUGGUGAAAGUGGUGGUGAAGCCCUGGGGAAAAGCACUGAGAUAGAAUUGACAGGGGAUGCUAUGGGAGUGUCAGAAAAUGUUGUUUCUUCUGUUGCUAUGGCAUCAAAUUUAACAGAUGACAAUGUUAAAAAUUCUGGAAGAGGUGAUAAGGAGGCAGAAAAGGGUUUUGAGGAGUUUAUUAGAGGUGAGGAAUAUUCACUGGAGUCAACAAAAGAGUCAUUGGAAGAUGCUUUGAAGAAAUUGGCGGAUGCUAGGAAGAACAGUAACAUGUUUGAAGAAAAGGCUCAAAGAAUCUCUGAGAUGGCAAUUGCAUUGAGAGACGAAGCAACAGAGGCUCGUAAGGAUGCUGAUGAUGCAAUAGCCAUGGUCCAACAAUUGAUUGGUGAGGAAAUUGGAGCAGAAGAGGCAUUCAACAAGGCUAAGAUGGCGGUCUCUGUUGCAGAGACACAAACAAAGUUAGCUCUAGCAGCAUUACAGAAAGCACAGGACAAGAUCAAAGAACAAGUGAGAUUAGUAGCAUCCAGCACCCUAACAGAUACGGUUGCAAGUACAAGAAGUGGAGAUGAGGGAAAUGUGGGAAUUAGUGAGGAACUAUCUGAUGUCUCUGUUAAGUUUAAUGGAGAUAAGGCAAAAGUGGAGAAACUUAAUGGCCAUGAAACAUAUACUGAAAUUACAGAACAGGAGGAUCAAAAAACAUCUCAAGAAUUGGAAUCUUCUUCCAAAUUGGAGGAAGAAAUUGCACUGGACAUGUUUCAGGAUGAGCUGAGGAAGUGUGAGGUUGAACUUGCAAAACGUGAAGCAGAUCUGCACCGCAUCCAGUCAUCGAAGCUAGAGUUGCAAGUAGAAACUGAUUGUUUAAGUCAGAUUGCAGACAAAGCAGAAACAAGAGCAUCACAAGCUGAUGAGGAUGUUGCAAAUGUGAUGGCAUUGGCAGAAGAAGCAGUUGCCUUGGAGCUUGAGGCUGCUCAGUGUGUAAGUGAUGCACAAUUAGCUCUUCAGAGAGCCGAAAAAUGUGCUGCAAAUGCUGGUCAGAGUGUUUCAAGUACCAAAGAUGAUCUUGUAGAAAAACCAGAUUUAGACACUUUUUCAGAGAAGGGUAAAAUGUCCACCCAAGGAACUGAAAUCGAUGUUGAUGCAUCCCUGGAAGGUAAAGGGAAUGGUAUUGCUGUUGAUGGAAAUGGUGGAAGAGAAGAGGAGACAGUUAUUUUACUUGAGGAGAUUCUCCCUGUAAGAGAAGAGACAUAUUCAAGAACUUCGCAUGUUGGCCAUGUUGUGGAGGAGCUAGAUAGUUCUGUUAAAUCUGGGCAUCAUGAGACUUUUAUGGCCAAGACAGAGGUCAAAAAGGACAUUGAACACGAGAGAGUCAAGUAUAUAUCAAAAGAAGCAGAACAGGACAAAUCAAAUGUUUCAUUUCAGCAAAAAAAGAUGGAGACAUCAAAGGAUGUUGCUAACAAUAGUAUUCCGAAGACAUCCACAAAGAAGUCCUCACGUUUCUUUUCUGCAUCUUUCUUUUCUUUUGAGGAUGAUGGAGCAGAGUUCACUCCAGGCACUCUAUUUUCUGGAUUUGUUUCUUCACUUAGAAAUCAGUUGCCAAAGCUGGUUGUGGGAGUGCUACUGCUUGGUGCUGGGGUAGUUUACGUUAAUAACAGAAUGGAUAGAGGCAUGCAAGUGAUUCAGCCAACAAGUGUUGUGAGUGGUAUUGAAGAAGUUACAAUGACUGCAAGGCCUUUUGUAAGGGAGCUCCAUAAAAUUUCUAAUCAAGUGAAGAGCCUUAUAGAAAAGUUACCACAUCAGGAGGUAAAUGAAGAGGAGACCUCCCUCUUUGAUAUGUUGUGGCUUCUCUUAGCAAGUGUGAUAUUUGUACCACUAUUUCAGAAGAUCCCAGGCGGAAGCCCUGUGCUUGGAUAUUUAGCUGCUGGUAUCUUAAUUGGACCAUAUGGUCUGUCGAUUAUUCGUCAUGUACAUGGGACAAAGGCUGUUGCAGAGUUUGGAGUUGUGUUCCUGUUAUUCAAUAUUGGGCUUGAGCUUUCCGUUGAGCGACUCAGCUCAAUGAAGAAGUAUGUUUUUGGGUUAGGUUCAGCUCAGGUUUUUGCGACAGCAAUUGUCGUGGGAUUGGUUGCUCAUUUUGUUUCUGGGCAACCUGGUCCUGCUGCUAUUGUUAUUGGCAAUGGACUGGCCCUUUCGUCAACUGCAGUCGUUCUACAGGUUCUACAAGAACGAGGAGAAAGUACUUCUCGUCAUGGUCGUGCAACAUUCUCUGUUUUGCUUUUCCAGGACCUGGCUGUUGUUGUACUACUCAUUUUGAUUCCUCUAAUCUCACCAAAUUCUUCCAAAGGGGGGGUUGGGUUUCAAGCUAUAGCAGAAGCUCUAGGUAUUGCUGCAGUCAAAGCAAUAGUUGCCAUUAGUGGGAUAAUUGCAGGAGGACGCUUGCUGCUACGUCCUAUAUAUAAGCAAAUUGCAGAAAAUCAAAAUGCAGAGAUAUUUUCUGCAAACACACUGCUAGUUGUUCUUGGGACAAGUGUUCUGACAGCGAGGGCUGGACUUUCUAUGGCUUUGGGAGCUUUUUUAGCCGGUUUGCUUCUUGCAGAAACUGAGUUUUCUUUGCAGGUGGAAUCGGACAUUGCUCCAUAUCGUGGCCUUCUUCUGGGGCUCUUUUUUAUGACAGUUGGAAUGUCAAUAGAUCCAAAGUUGCUGGUUGCAAGGUUUCCAGCCAUUUUGGGAACUCUGAGCCUUCUAAUUGGUGGGAAGACUGUUUUAGUUGCUUUAGUAGGGCGCCUCUUUGGAAUAUCAACUAUUGCUGCUAUUCGAGUUGGUCUUCUUUUGGCACCAGGAGGAGAAUUUGCAUUUGUGGCAUUUGGUGAAGCUGUGAAUCAGGGUAUAAUGAGUCCACAACUAUCAUCAUUACUAUUUUUGGUGGUGGGUUUGUCAAUGGCUAUUACACCAUGGCUUGCAGCUGGAGGUCAGUUGAUUGCAUCCCGUUUUGAGCAACAUGAUGUACGGAGUCUGUUACCAGCUGAGAGUGAGACAGAUGAUUUGCAAGAUCAUAUAAUCAUAUGUGGAUUUGGUCGUGUCGGGCAGAUCAUAGCACAGCUUCUAUCAGAAAGGCUGAUUCCAUUUGUAGCACUAGAUGUACGCAGUGAACGUGUGGCAGCUGGGCGUGCACUUGAUCUUCCUGUGUAUUUUGGAGAUGCAGGUAGCAGAGAGGUACUUCACAAAGUGGGGGCAGAGAGAGCAGCAGCAGCUGCAAUAACCCUAGAUACUCCUGGUGCCAAUUAUCGGACUGUGUGGGCUCUCAGUAAGAAUUUUCCACACGUGAAGACAUUUGUUCGAGCACAUGAUGUAGACCAUGGUGUCAAUCUUGAGAAAGCUGGUGCUACAGCGGUUAUUCCUGAAACCUUAGAGCCAAGCUUGCAGUUGGCUGCAGCACUUCUUGCACAGGCCAAGCUGCCUGCUUCAGAGAUUGCACAAUCAAUCAAUGAAUUCCGGUCUCGUCAUCUCUCUGAGCUUACUGAGCUUUCUGAAUUGAGUGGUAGUUCACUCGGGUAUGGAUAUUUGAGAGUUACGGGCAAAUCAAGGCAGCAACCAACAGAUCCUGAUGAUGAUCAUGACUUGAAACAAGAAGGAAUGCUGGCUAUUCAAUGAUUCGCAUGAUCAGCUAAAUGAUUUAAUUGAAGGCUCUUCAGAAAUCUGUCUAUCAAAGCUUCAACAGAUUGGCCUCGAGUAACAGUACAAACAUAUGCCCUUGAGUAAUUCCAAAUAACUACUUCUGUAACUUUACUGUACAGAUUAAAAGUAAAGCUAUGAUAUCUAGGUUGAAGGAAGUGAUCUUCAUCUUUAAGACAAAUUGUAAGUUUUGAAAGGCAGAAGCUGCAAUGAAAGUUCUCAUCUUUCAAUGGUAUAAAAUUGAUUGGGAUAGUCCUAUAAUUACGUGUAGGAUUACAGGGCAUCAGCAAAUUGAAUGUAAAAAAUAAUUUUGGCUCUUUACAAGUAAAUGAAUGUUUGGUUUUGAGUUGUCAA